GAACACACUGCGCAUGCUGAUGACGUCAUGACUAGACUUUAUAAACAGCGGCCCGUGGUACUGUUGUAUAGAUCGCGGCAUAGCUUCGAUGGGCACACAUACGGCUCUCAGAUAGCCAGACGCCUCACUCUGAACUUCUCUUCGUUGAACACCACAACCCAACAAAGUUAUCAAAAUGGCCACUACCGCUGCCACCAACAAGACUGUGCUGGACCGCUACAUGCGCCUGCCCAUCCCUGAUAACAAGUGUCAGGCGAUGUACGUGUGGGUGGACGGCACUGGCGAGCACCUCCGAUCCAAGACUCGCACCAUCAACUUCAUCCCGAAAUGCCCCACAGAGCUGCCGGAAUGGAACUUUGACGGUUCAUCCACGGGCCAGGCUGAGGGCAGCAACAGCGACGUGUACCUCAGACCCGUUGCGUUGUAUCGCGACCCCUUCCGCCUCGGCGACAACAAGCUGGUGCUCUGCGAGACCUACAAACACAACAAGAAGCCAACAGAGACCAACCACCGCCGCCAGUGUCUGGAGGCAAUGACUCGCGCUGCUGAGACGAGACCCUGGUUCGGCAUGGAGCAAGAGUACACACUGCUUGACACAGACCAGCACCCCCUUGGCUGGCCCAAGAACGGCUUCCCCGGACCCCAGGGCCCUUACUACUGCGGCGUGGGCGCCGGCAAGGUCUACGGCCGCGACGUGGUGGAGGCGCACUACCGCGCCUGCCUGUACGCCGGCAUCAACAUCUCCGGCGAGAACGCAGAGGUGAUGCCCGCCCAGUGGGAGUUCCAGGUUGGCCCUUGUGAGGGAAUCACCAUGGGAGACGACUUAUGGAUGGCCAGAUACCUCCUGCAUCGCGUUGCUGAGGACUUUGGCAUCGUGGUCAGUCUGGACCCCAAGCCCAUCCCUGGCGACUGGAACGGCGCUGGAAUGCACACAAACUUCUCCACAAAGGGCAUGAGGGAGCCCAAUGGCAUUGCCGAUAUCGAAAAGGCCAUCGACAAACUGUCGCGACACCACAUCCGCCACAUCAAGGCCUACGACCCCAAGGAGGGCAAGGAUAACGAACGCCGCCUCACUGGCCUCCACGAGACUUCCUCGAUCCACGACUUCUCCGCCGGCGUCGCCAACAGGGGCUGCUCCAUCAGGAUUCCUCGCGGAGUGGCCGAGGAGAAGCAGGGCUACCUGGAGGACAGGCGGCCUUCGUCCAACGCCGACCCUUAUAUGGUCUCAGAGGUGCUGGUGCGGACCAUCUGCCUGGACGAGUGAGCGCUGGACGCCGUCGCCAGAAGCAGACUCCACCGACCCCCGCAGGGACCAACACAAUUCACUCUCCUGUCUCUCGUCUAUCCCUCAAUCAUUUUUUUCCCGGCGAUGUUCGCCAGGGUUGAGUACAAGUAUUAGUUGUGAUAGCAGGACGCUAGCGUCCCUUGAUGUAUAUUUGUAUAUAAAAGAAGUUACGACAAUUGCUAUAAUUUAGGUCUGACGUAACAUUAUAUGUUUACUCUUUUAAUUAAGUGUUGUUUGUUCAGUCAUUAUCACUAAUUUAAUCAAGGUCAUUACACUUAGUACAGUUG